UGAUUUCAGUCAAAAUUUGUCAAUUCUUCAAAAAAAACUAUUUUGUUUAGACCAGAAUUAAACAAAAUUAUUAGAUUUCGCGUAGUGAUUUCGUGCCGUGUUAUGUGAUAAUAAUAUAAUGUGUAAUAUAUUACAUAAAUAACAGAAAAAAGCGUGUUUUUAAUACAAUAUAGUGAAUCAUUGCCACUUGAUGCCCCGAGGGCGGGACGACAUGCAAGUCAACGUGUCCGGUUUGAGGAGAAAUAUCAAGAACCUCGCCCACAACUACUCCGAUGCUCAGGUCAAAGUGCGCGAGGCCACAUCGAACGACCCAUGGGGCCCAUCAAGCACCCUCAUGGCGGAGAUCGCCGACCUGACCUACAACGUGAUGGCUUUCACGGAGAUCAUGCAGAUGAUCUGGAAGAGGCUGAACGACCACGGCAAGAACUGGCGGCACGUGUACAAGGCGCUGGUGCUGAUGGAGUAUCUGAUCAAGACUGGUAGUGAGAAGGUGGCUAUGCAGUGCAAGGAGAAUAUAUACGCUAUACACACACUGAAGGACUUUCAGUAUAUGGAGGAAUGUAAAGAUCAAGGUCUAAAUGUUAGAGAGAAAGCGAAACAGCUGGUCAAUCUGUUGAAAGAUGACGAGCGACUGAAGAAUGAACGGGCGCGAGCGCUGAAAGCGAAACAGCGGUUCGCUCAAAGCGCUAGCGCUUUCGGCAGCGAUGGAGCGCUCGACACGCCCUCUAGUCCUGGCUAUCCCGCGAUGGGCGGAGAGUUCGCCGAUUGGGGCGCGAACGGGGGCGCCGGGGGCGCGGGCGGGGGCGCGGGAGGGGGGCGGGAGGCCGAGCUGGCGCGCCCCCUCACGGCCGGCGAGGAGGAGCUGCAGCUGCAGCUGGCGCUCGCCAUGUCCCGCGAGGAGGCGGAGCGGGAGGAGCGACGGCGCCGCUCGGAUGACGUGCGCCUGCAGCUCGCUAUCAGCCAGUCGCAGAACGACUUCCAGGCUACGGGUGUGGAAAAGAAGCCAGAGCCGCAGCAGUCUCACCUGUUGGACCUACUGGAUGUGAACCUGUCACCUGCACCAGCCACUGAUCCAUGGGGGCUCACGUCGCCACAACAAAGACAGGAGACGUCCCCGGAGUCGUGGUCGGCGGUGGGCAGUCCGUCGCGGGAGGCCUGGGGCUCCGCCGCGGCCGCGCCCCCCGCAGCUCUACCUGCGGAUCCCUGGGCGCCGCUCACACAGAGUAAAUCGCAAGCGUCGGUGCUGUCAUCGCCUUCGUCUUCGGAGCUGGAACAGUUCGAUGCGCUGUCACAGCGGCCGCGCACCCAUCAGAACAACAACAUCGAGCCGGACCCGUUCGACCUCACUGCACUCGGUGACAACCUAGCUAAGCCGUCGUCUCCGGUGGCGGCGAUGAAGAAGUCCCCGUCGGCGUUCCUCGGGGAGAACUCGUCGCUGGUGAACCUGGAGCGGCUGCUGCAGCCCGCGCCGCUGGACCCGCCCGCGCCCAACCCCUUCGCAGCCCCCGAGCCCGCACGGAACGUGUUCCUACCCCCGCACCCGGCGAGAUUGACAAUCAACGAGCUGAAGCAGCAGCAGAUGGGUCUGAGCGGCGUGAGCUUCCCCGCGGGCGCGGGCAUGGGCCCCGCAGCUCCCAUGGGCCCCGCAGGUCCCGUGGGCCCCGUGGGCCCCGCGUCGGACCCGUGGGCGGCGCCGAGAGCGACGUCCCCGUGGUCGCCGCCUCACUCGCGGCAGACCCCCAACCCCUUCCUCUCCUAGCCCUCCGCGCACUGAGUGGAGAUAAACCAGUGUGCCGCGCCACUGCACGCACUCGUCGCUUGCUCCACACUACACUACACACUACGCACUACACACUACGCGCACUAUCCGAGUACCCCGUAUGACACUAUUUAUUGUAAAUGCUACUCGAGGUAAUAUAUGCGUGUAGAGAUGCUGGAAUAAGGUAUUGUAUUACUAAAUGUAUUUUAAUAAUGUGAAUUUUAUUAGAAUACAUCUAGUAAUGCAUUAUAAUCGCAAUAGUUAAUUCAUGGUAAAAAAAGCCGUGUCCGCUGCUUCGUGUAAAUCACUACGGACCAACCAAGUCAAUAGUUUCUGCAGACACGGCUUUAUAUAGACACGUAGCUAAAUAUGGAGUACGCGUAAAGAGGAUGUGUAUAUACACCUGUCUCACUCGCACCUCCAUCUAUUAAGAGACGACUGCCAUAAGUAGGGAACAUUUGGAAUGCGUAUCAAAACUUCAAUGAAAACUAUUCUAAAUAUAUGCGACAAAGUGGUAAUUCUGUGAUAAUUUUUGUACUGACCGACUGUAUAUCAGCAGCCUAACCUAAUAUAUGUAUUGUAGUGUUUUCUCACUUACUAAUUAUGAGAAUAACUUGAAGGAACAGGACAAAACAUUUAUAUAAGUUUGUUGUGCGUCCUAUUUUUAAAUAUAGUGAUAUUAAAUGAAAUUUUUGCUACUUAGAGAAGAACUGACGCACUUUUUAUGUAUUAUUAAUCAAAUUUAAUAAUAAUACUGUCUCUAGACGAUGCACACAGCGCCAUCUAGUCCCAAGACAAACAGAGCUUGUAUUAUGGGUACUAGACAACUGCUAUAAAUAUUUAGAUAGAUCAGUAAAUGCAUACAUAAUAUACAUAGAAAACACCCAGAUACUAAACAAUCAUACUCGUGAAUACAAAUGUUUGCAUCGAGGACUCGAACCCAGGACCAUAGGAAUAAGGUUUAAAAUAAAAGAUAUAUUUAGAAUAAUUUUGUUAUAACUUUGAUGGGUGAUUCAAAAGUUCCCUACUCUUGUGGCAAGUUAACAUGUCAUAUUAAGAUAACCUGACAAAUAUAUUUUUUAUUUGUCAGGUAUAAAUAACCUAAAAAUGUCAAAAUUACAAUAUAUUUUUGUACGCCAAAAUGUAAUUAUUUAUUGUCAAUAAUGUUAGUUUGUGUAACGAUGACUUAGUACAAUAGUUGAUUGUGUAAAUUGUGGAUUUCGGUUGAAAGGAGACCAACUAAAUUAG